AUGGGUGCUGUAGGGAGCUGGCGCAAUGCCCGUUUCUUAACGAGGCAGUCUCAGCCUUUCUAUCAAUGCCAGUUUCGUCUUCGAGGACCUACCCCAGGCGUCAGCAUUUGGCUCAAGGACGGUCAAGUCUUGGAUCAUGAGCCUGAUGACAGCAGGCAUGAAUUUACGGCCAGCUCCAAGAAUGGUUCUUUCGAGAAAUGCAAGUGUCAUGAGGAUAUUAGUCAAGCUGGUUUGCAUGAGCAUUAUGCUGCCAAGCCAAAGCGAGGACGGUUCGAGAUUGCAGCAACAAACGUGACCUUGAAUAGAUAUACGGAGUAUGACAGGAAGCUCGAGCCUGGACACUCCAACGCUGGAGCCCUCGUAUAUAUGCAGAUUAUUCAGGGCUAUAUCUUGGCUAGCCGGUUCGAUGAUAUCUGUAACCGACUGAAUCCGGCACCAGCAGCCAUGGCGAGCAAGAUCAAGCUGAUCACGAACCUGGCCUACAAGAGAAACGGCGCCAAGUCCUACUCACCACAGUCGUACAGCCAUGUUGCUCUGCACCACUGA